CCCCUCUUUGAGUGACAGAAACACAGCACGAUGUGGACCUUCAUCUUGCUCCUCUUCUGGGGGUGUCGUGGUAUAUGUAGCUACGAAAUAUUCACAUCAACCCCACCGGAAUCAUCGACACAGCGGUGUCAUGGUACAUGUAGCUACGAAAUAGUCACAUCAACCCCACCGGAAUCAACGACACAGUAUGGGUUGCUGAAUCUGACAGUGUCGGCUUUUGAUGUGGAUGAAUGUGCGGAUCCCAGAGCCUGCCCAGAGCAUGCAACUUGCCACAACAGCCCUGGAAGCUACUAUUGUGUCUGCAACUCAGGAUUUGUUUCUAGCAGUGGAAACACGACAUUCCGCGGUCCAGGAGAGACGUGUGAAGAUGUGAAUGAGUGUGCGAAUUCCACCAUCUGCCCAGCUAAUGCAACCUGCACCAACACUUUGGACAGUUACUACUGCACUUGUGAACAAGGCUUCCUGUCCAGCACCGGAGAGACACAGUUCGUGGGCCCAGGAGUCGAAUGCAAAGAUAUAGAUGAGUGUUCUCAAAGUCCCCUACAAUGUGGUCUUAACUCAGUCUGCCAAAACCUGCCAGGGAGGUAUGAGUGCAGCUGUUUGCCUGGUUUCUCUUCUCCUACUGGAAACAACUGGAACUCGGGAAACCCAGGUCAUUUCGCCUGUACAGAUGUGGAUGAAUGUCCGGAUCCCAGAGUCUGCCCAGAGCAUGCGACUUGUCACAACAGUCCUGGAAGCUACUAUUGUGUCUGCAACUCAGGAUUUCUUUCCAGAAAUAGAAGCAUGAGUUCCCAGGGCCUGGGAGAGACGUGUGAAGAUGUGGAUGAAUGUGUGGAUCCCAGAGCCUGCCCGGAGCAUGCGACUUGCCACAACAGUCCUGGAAGCUACUAUUGUGCCUGCAACCCAGGAUUUGUUUCUAGCAGUGGAAACACGACAUUCCGCAGUCUAGGAGAGACGUGUGAAGAUGUGAAUGAGUGUGCGAAUUCCACCAUCUGCCCAGCUAAUGCAACCUGCACCAACACUUUGGACAGUUACUACUGUACUUGCAAACAAGGCUUCCUGUCCAGCACCGGAGAGACACAGUUCGUGGGCCCAGGAGUCGAAUGCAAAGUGGUUCCCUUCAAGUGUAAAGAAGCUGUGUUACCCAACAAUAAGCAGGUCCGGCUAUGCCAAGAGGGAGCAGUGGUGGAGCCUGAAUAUGUUUCCUUUUGUGCACUAAUGAACACCACCUUCAGCAUCCUGGACGAUGCCUGUGAGAACAAAGCCACCGUCGUUUCUCUGAAGAAUACGGCUGAGAGUGUUACCUCUGUGCUUGAGCAAACGUCCACGUGGUCCAACUUCACCAAAGAAGAAACGUCCACCCUGGCCACAGUCUUACUGGAGACCGUGGAGAGCACCACGUUGGCAGCGUUCCUGAAAUCCUCAGAGAAUGUCAGUCAAUCUAUUCAGACGGAACACCUAGAUAUUAAUACCCAAGUUAUCAACAAAGAAUGCUCUGAGGAGAGCACCGUCUUUAACUUGAAAGCCAAAGGGGAUGAGAUGAAGAUUUGGUGCUCCACAAUUAAAGAAUCCGAAUCCACAGGGACCACUGGGGUGGCAUUUGUCUCCUUUGCGGGUAUGGAGUCUGUUUUGGAUGAGAGCUUCUUCCAAGACCCUCGGGCGCCCUUGGGCAACUCCAGGAGGAAGCUGAAGAUGAAUUCUCGCAUUGCUGGGGGCAUCAUGACCGGGAAGAAGAAAGAUGGCUUCUCCAACCCAGUUAUCUACACUCUGGAGAACACCGAGCCAAAGCAGAAGUCUGAGGACCCCAUCUGCGUUUCCUGGACAACAGAUGCAAAGGGUGGUAGGUGGACGCCAUCUGGCUGCGAGAUCCUUGAAGCUUCCGAGACGCAUACUGUCUGCAGCUGUAAUCGAAUGGCGAACCUGGCCAUCAUCAUGGCUUCUAGGGAGCUCACGAUGGAUUUCUCUUUGUACAUCAUUAGCCACGUGGGCAUGAUCAUCUCACUGGUGUGUCUCGUCUUGGCCAUCGCCACCUUCCUGCUGUGCCGUAGCAUUCGCAACCACAACACCUACCUCCACCUGCACCUCUGCGUGUGCCUCUUCUUGGCCAAGAUGCUCUUCCUCACCGGUGUAGACAAGACUGACAACCAGACGGGCUGUGCCAUCAUCGCGGGCUUUCUGCACUAUCUGUUCCUUGCCUGCUUCUUCUGGAUGCUGGUGGAGGCCGUGAUGCUCUUCCUUAUGGUCAGGAACCUGAAGGUGGUGAAUUACUUCAGCUCUCGCAACAUCAAGAUGACAUACCUCUGUGUCUUUGGCUACGGGCUCCCAGCGGUAGUGGUGGCUGUCUCCGCCGGCGUGCAACCACAGGGCUAUGGGAUGUAUGAUCGCUGCUGGCUGAAUACGGAGGCGGGGUUCAUCUGGAGUUUCCUGGGGCCAGUUUGCACAAUCAUAGUGAUCAAUUCCAUCCUCUUCACUUUGACACUUCGGAGCCUGAGGCAGAAGCUUUCCAGCGUCAAUGCCGAAGUCUCAACGCUCAAAAACACCAGGUUAUUGACAUUCAAGGCAUUUGCCCAGCUCUUCAUCUUGGGGAGCUCCUGGGUGUUGGGCAUUUUCCAGAUCGGACCCAUGGCUAGUAUCAUGGCCUACCUGUUCACCAUCAUCAACAGCCUGCAGGGGGCCUUCAUCUUCCUCAUUCACUGUCUGCUCAACCGCCAGGUACGGGAAGAUUACAGAAGAUGGAUUACCAGGAAGACCACACCCAGAUCCCAGUCCCAGACAUCAGGGGUCAUACUGACAUCCUUUUCCUCCACUUCCAACAUGGGUUAAAGCUCUUUCUUGCUUUCAAAUACGCUAUGAAGCAACAUUUGAGGACAGCAGGUGCUGGCAGGAGCUGACGCUGAAAUCUUCUCUUCAUGGCUUAAUGUGGAAUUGCAGAUCUCACCAGCCCCAGGACUCUCUGGGUGAUUCAGAGCACUGAUGGGUGGGGCGUUCUUCCCACGGUCCAUGCGCUGGUGAGAAACAAGACUUUCUGUUCCAGAUUAAGAUUUUAUCUUCUAUGUUCUGCAGCCCUUUGAAUUUCCAGAGUUUUGAGGAAAUAAUAGAUCCUAGUGCAAUGGCAUGACCAAGAACAUCUGGCUACCGUUUUGUUUUCUCCUAAGUUCUUUGGCGUGUGGCUGCAAGCCUGCCUCUCCAGCGCCUGUCACAGAGUAUGGAAACGGCUUCAGGAAA